AUGACAGAACCCCCCCAGGUUUCGAACGCUAAGAUACCGAGCUUUCUCGGAUUUUCAGGUCGUGGCUUACGGGUUCUUGUCUCAAUUGUCUGUACGACUGGCUUUUUGCUCUUCGGUUACGACCAGGGUGUCAUGAGCGGAAUCAUCGCUGCGGAUCCUUUUAACAACUACUUCCCAGAAACAAAGAACGAUGCUACGUGGCAGGGCUUCGUGACCGCGAUCUAUGAGAUCGGGUGUCUCCUUGGAGCUAUCAUCGUCCUGGUUGGAGGCGAUUUCCUUGGACGUCGUCGAGGCAUGAUUUGCGGUGCUGCGACUAUGAUUUUAGGUGUGAUAAUCCAGGUCACAGCCACCAAAGGACACAAAGCGACAGCACAAUUCAUCAUCGGACGUGUUGUCACAGGUGUAGGAAACGGCAUGAACACAUCUACGAUACCGACUUACCAAGCCGAAUGCUCCAGCACUAAGAAUAGAGGUCUCCUUAUUUGCAUUCAGGGCGGUAUCAUUGCCUUCGGUACUCUUAUUGCGUACUGGGUAGACUUUGGCUGCCAGUACGGGCCUGACGAUCUCACGUGGCGCUUUCCUAUCGCUUUCCAGAUCGUCUUUGGACUGGUCGUACUGAUUGUCCCUUUCUGGCUACCAGAGAGUCCCCGGUGGCUUCUCACGAGAGAUCGUGCAGAUGAAGCCACUAAAGUCGUCGCUGCUCUUCGCGGUCUGCCCACUGAUCAUGAAGAGACUACUCUUCAGAUCACAAUCAUCGUGGAUAGUAUCCGAGCCUCGGGUCAUCACGGAGGUAUCACACCUUUCAGUGCUCUCUUUACCGGCGGAAAGACGCAGCAUUUCCGGCGUAUGAUGCUCGGAGCGUCUUCGCAGUUGUUUCAACAGGUCGGCGGCUGCAACGCUGUCAUUUAUUUCUUCCCACUGCUCUUCGAGAACUCCAUCAAAGAGACAAAGCAGAUGUCGCUACUCCUUGGCGGUGUCAACAUGAUUGUCUACAGCAUUUUUGCGACCGUCUCCUGGUUCAUCAUCGAGCGCACCGGACGCCGCAAGCUGUUCCUCAUCGGUACCGUGGGCCAAGGACUGUCCAUGCUGCUCGUCAUGGCCUGCCUCAUUCCUGGGACCGCUUCUGCAGCCAAGGGCGCUGCGGUCGGUCUGUUCACCUACAUCGCCUUCUUCGGCGCGACUUGGCUACCAUUGCCUUGGCUGUAUCCCGCUGAAGUCAACCCGGUCAAGACGCGCGCAAAGGCCAACGCUGUAUCAACGUGCACGAAUUGGCUUUUCAACUUCAUGGUUGUUAUGAUCACGCCGAUAAUGAUUGACAAUAUCGGCUGGGGUACAUAUCUCGUGUUCGCAUGUAUCAAUGCUGGCUUCUUCCCCCUCAUCUACAUCUUCUACCCCGAGACAAAGCAGCGCAGUUUGGAGGAGAUCGAUCUCAUCUUUGCAAAGGGCUUUCUUGAGAACAUGACGUAUGUGAGGGCGGCGAAGGAGCUGCCCAUGCUGGACGACCACGGCGUUGCGGCGAUGGCAAGACAAUAUGGAUUCCAUGACUUGUCUGACGAUGAGGCGGGUCAGAUCAAGGAGGCGCAGGCGGGCGUGGAUGAGAAGGACGUAGCGACUGGCACGAAUGCGCAGAUGGCAUAGGUCGAGGCUUUUGGUCAAAGAGAUAGGUGUGGUGGAGGGUGGAAGUUGUCAGGUGGCAGUUGCAGGCACAGAGAGAUAAGCGGCGACAUAGGCACAAGGGUGCAGCUGAGAGCAGAAGAAACUUGUGGAU